AUGAACGACUACGAAUCUCGUCGGCUGGAGAAGAUCAAGCACAAUGAAUCUCUCCUUGCCGAGCUUGAUAUCAAACCUGUCGUUGCAAAACGCAAGCCAAGCGAGAUAUUGCCAGCAUCCAAACGACGAAAGCUCGAAAGUGGUCCACCAUCACGCAGUUCAGYACGAAUCGCUGCUGCUCCGGAAAAGCCGAUUUAUGACGAAWAUCUCACUUCAAAACCUAUUCUCCUCUCUCGUUCAUCUGCAAAGGGAGGCAAGAAGUCGUCGAAAGCUCCGCUCAUUACGGAGGAGAUCGAAAGCUCGAUCCCAUCCAAAGAUAUAGACGAAAUCAAGGCCGGCUGGACGAGCUGGCAGUCUUCGGCAUUACCGCCAACCAGGGAUGAUCUCAAUGUGUUUCAUUUUGAUGAUAAUGAAGAAUUCCUUCCCAAUAAAUCACCGGAGGAGAUGAUACGGGAAGGCUGCUUUGGAGGGUCGUACUACCGCCCUCUUCGAUCUCGCAAACUAGGUAUAGUGAUUCGAGAUGACUGGAAGCAGGACUUGCCGAAUGAAUGGAUAUCCGGGCUUAACGUGGAGCAACAUCUUACAAACCCCGACUAUGACCCUACAAUCAACAAGUUCAAGGUAGCAUGCGGCCAAAGUAUCGAAGAAUGGGAGGCCGCAGGCUGGAUCAGUCACGAACACGACGUCAGGGGCUGGUUCCAAUGGUACAUCAGAUUCUUUCGAGGACGUCGUUGUGAAGACGAUGCGCGCCAGAUCUCCCGAUGGAGGAAGUGCGUUGGUGAGACUGGCAGGUGGAGAAGAAUGCUGUUAAAAAAGUACAUGCAGAGUAGCGUUCGGGAAGUGUUUGAUGAUGGUGAAGAGGACGAUGCGAUUGAGGUCAGUCCCGUUAUGCAUCAGACGUGCCAUCACUGGGCAUAUGAGGUCAGGCAAGAGGAUCUCGACGCAUACUGGGCAUCGGCCGGACGAUGA